AGGAUGUGAUCUUCAUGGUGAGCUGGUGGGAGAACUGAGUUGUAGAUCACCCCAAUGGAUGCGGACAGUGAUGUUGCAUUGGACAUUUUAAUCACAAAUGUAGUGUGUGUUUUUAGAACAAGAUGUCAUUUAAACUUGAGGAAGAUCGCAUUGGAGGGAGCAAAUGUGAUAUACAAGCGUGAUGUCGGGAAAGUAUUAAUGAAGCUUAGAAAACCUAGGAUUACAGCUACAAUUUGGUCCUCAGGAAAAGUUAUUUGCACAGGAGCCACAAGUGAAGAAGAAGCUAAAUUUGGUGCCAGACGAUUAGCUCGUAGUCUACAGAAGCUAGGUUUUCAGGUAAUUUUCACGGAUUUUAAAGUUGUGAAUGUUUUAGCAGUGUGCAACAUGCCCUUCGAGAUCAGAUUGCCAGAAUUUACGAAGAAUAACAGACCUCAUGCGAGUUAUGAACCAGAACUUCAUCCUGCUGUGUGUUACAGAAUAAAAACUCUCAGAGCUACCUUACAGAUUUUUUCCACAGGCAGUAUCACGGUUACAGGGCCAAAUGUAAAGGCUGUUGCCAGCGCUGUGGAACAGAUUUACCCAUUCGUAUUUGAAAGCAGGAAAUAAAUUUUAUAAUUCACCACUUGAUGGUUAGGUUCCCUAACCAAGCACCUUUAAAGACUGCUGCACAUUGGACUAAAAGCAAAAAAGGAAAACUGGACCAACCAUAGCAGAGGAAUACAGACUCUUUUACUUGCUCAUGGCCACAGUAUAAACUCCAGUUCUUUUGGAUUUUACUCUUAACAGUGCUGUAGUGUAAAAAUGGAAGUUUACAAGAUACGAAAUUGCUGCUUUUAAAAAGACAGUCUAUUUAUUUUUGCAGUAAUUUCUGUGUAUUCAUAAGCAAAGCUGUCACGAUGUGCACUACCUUUAAAACAUAUUUUUUUUUUUUAGUUUGAGCUUGUGUUUUAUUUGUGAAUAGUCUUUUACAUUUUUGUAUGCUGAAUAUUGGGCACCAAAGAAGCUGUAAAAGUUAUCUUUUUCACCUGACGAAUGUGCACAAAUAAAAGUUUGGAAAAUAUUUCUCUUCA